AUGGCCCAUAUACCGGUGCAGUUUUCGGGUGACAACAAUCGUGGUCUUCAAGUGGGCUCUAAUCUGGGGAUGAUCAACUACUACUCUCAAAAUGCUAUCAUUCCCUUCCGCCGCGAUCGUGAGUUUGUCGAGCGCGAGGUCCUCAGUGAACUAUGGCAACGAGCCUCCACACCGGCUGCCCGAGCCAGGAAGACGCAGAUCGCAAUCGAGUAUGCGUACCGCGUCCGAGACCAACACCCCGACACCUGGGUGUUCUGGGUGCACGGGAGUACUGUGGCCCGCUUUGAAGAGAGUUUCAAGAUGAUCGCCGAGCGACUGCAGCUUGCGGGAUGGGGCGAGCCGAAAGCCGACAUUCUCGGCAUGGUCUACCGAUGGCUCUCAGACGAAAGUAACGGCCGGUGGACCAUGGUGGUUGACAACGCAGACAGUACCGACGUGAUGUUCAUGCCGUGGAAUGGCGCGGCCGCCACGCAGCCAAUAACCUCGACAUCUCCAGCUCCCUCAGCACCUGUAUCGUCUACGGACCGCUCAUUGUCGGACUAUCUUCCAUCAUCGCCCCAUGGAUCGAUCAUCAUUACAUCUCGUUUUCAGGAUGUCGCGGAGGGACUUAUUGAGUGCCGAAGAUAUCCUCAAGGUGAGACCGAUGGACGAAGACUCAGCUGUAACGCUGCUCCGGAACAAGCUUGCGAAGUCUGA